AUGGAGGUGAUGCUGAUGGUGCCUCCCUCAGGGGUCCGUGGCCCCGAAGAAGCAGGAAGUGGCCGCUAUGGAUCCCGUUAUACGAUCGACAUGGGAGUCGAUGAAGAUGAUGAUGGAUUUGAAGACUACCUAGAUUUGGAUGUCUCCUUUGAGGAGGUGAAACCACUUCCUGCUCUCAAAAGAGGAAAUAGGAAGUAUUUGGUGGAAUCCAAGAAGGAACACAGGUCAAACCCAAAGACUGCUCCGAGGCUUGUCCCCCCUACUCUAGCAUCUCUCCCAAUGACUACGGUGGCUCCCCAGCCCACUCCAGCAGAGAGGAAAGGGAAGAAGGGCAUGGCUAUAAUGCCAAGGCUCUUUGACAUGUCUUGUGAUGAAAUGAUCUGCUCUGCUGACAGCUUUUGUAUCAAUGACUACACCUGGGGGGGCUCACGGUGCCAUUGCAACCUGGGCAAAGGUGGUGUGAGCUGCUCAGAAGAUAUUGUUAUACAGUAUCCUCAGUUCUUUGGCCACUCCUAUGUAACUUUUGAGCCUCUGAAGAACUCCUAUCAGGCGUUUCAAAUUACUCUUGAAUUUAGGGCAGAGGCGGAGGAUGGCUUACUGCUCUACUGUGGGGAGAAUGAACACGGGAGAGGCGAUUUCAUGUCUCUGGCCAUCAUCCGACGCUCACUCCAAUUCAGGUUUAACUGUGGAACCGGGGUUGCCGUCAUUAUAAGUGAAAGCAAAAUCAAACUAGGGGCCUGGCACACAGUCACGCUCUACAGAGAUGGGCUGAAAGGGCUACUGCAGGUGAACAACGGCACCCCGGUGUCAGGCCAGUCCCAGGGCCAGUACAGUAAAAUUACCUUCCGGACACCCCUCUAUCUUGGUGGGGCUCCCAGCGCAUACUGGUUGGUCAGAGCAACAGGAACAAACAGAGGCUUUCAAGGCUGUGUACAAUCGCUCACUGUUAAUGGGAGGAGAAUCGACAUGAGGCCCUGGCCCCUAGGGAAGGCACUCAGUGGAGCUGACGUGGGGGAAUGCAGCAGCGGACUCUGUGAUGAGGCUUCGUGUAUCAACGGUGGCACCUGCACGGCCGUCAAAGCCGACUCCUACAUUUGCCUCUGUCCCCUUGGAUUUAAAGGGCGACACUGUGAAGCGGCUUUCAGCCUGAUCAUUCCGCAAUUCAGAGAGUCGCUGAGGUCCUAUGCUGCAACCCCCUGGCCCCUGGAGCCCCAGCAUUACCUCUCCUUCACGGAGUUUGAGAUCACGUUUCGGCCGGACUCGGGGGACGGCGUCCUGCUGUACAGCUACGACACAGCCAGCAAGGACUUCCUGUCUAUCAACAUGGCAGGGGGCCACGUGGAGUUCCGCUUCGACUGUGGCUCUGGGACCGGUGUUCUCAGGAGUGAAGACCCCCUCACCCUGGGCCACUGGCAUGAGCUGCACGUGUCUCGCACAGCAAAAAAUGGGAUCUUACAAGUGGAUAAGCAGAAGGUGGUGGAAGCGAUGGCAGAGGGAGGCUUCACGCAGAUUAAGUGCAACACGGACAUUUUUAUCGGCGGAGUCCCGAAUUACGAUGAUGUGAAGAAGAACUCGGGCAUCCUGAAGCCAUUUAGUGGAAGCAUCCAGAAGAUCAUCCUGAACGACCGCACCAUCCACCUGAAGCACGACUUCACGUGGGGCGUGAAUGUGGAGAACGCAGCCCACCCCUGCGUGGUGGGGCCCUGUGCACACGGGGGCAGCUGUCGGCCCAGGAAGGAGGGCUACGAGUGCGACUGCCCCCUGGGCUUCGAGGGCCUGCACUGCCAGAAAGAGUGUGGAAACUACUGCCUCAAUACCAUCACAGAAGCCAUUGAGAUCCCGCAGUUCAUCGGGCGCAGUUACCUGAUCUACGACAACCCAGAUAUCCUUAAGAGGGUAUCCGGAUCAAGAUCAAAUGCGUUCAUGAGGUUUAAGACAACUGCCAAGGAUGGUCUGUUGUUCUGGAGGGGAGAUAGCCCCAUGAGACCCAACAGUGACUUCAUUUCCUUGGGCCUUCGAGAUGGAGCCCUGGUGUUCAGCUAUAACCUGGGCAGUGGUGUGGCGUCCAUCAUGGUCAAUGGCUCCUUCAGUGAUGGCCGGUGGCACCGUGUCAAGGCUGUCAGGGAUGGCCAAUCCGGAAAGAUAACCGUGGAUGACUAUGGGGCCAGAACAGGCAAAUCGCCCGGCAUGAUGAGGCAGCUGAACAUCAACGGUGCUCUGUAUGUGGGUGGGAUGAAGGAAAUCGCUCUGCACACUAACAGGCAAUACAUGCGGGGCCUCGUGGGCUGCAUUUCUCAUUUCACCCUGUCCACCGAUUACCACAUUUCCCUCGUGGAAGACGCCGUGGAUGGAAAAAACAUCAACACUUGUGGAGCCAAGUAACACCGGCUGGCCUUGCCCGAGGGACACAGCCUUCUGUGCUGAGAAUCCCCGGGGCCCUGAGACCCUGCCUGAUGCCAGCCACAGUGGCACGGGGACCAGUUGUGUGUCUUCUCAUCAAGGAGAACGUACCCCCUGAUGAGAGACUAGAUCCGAGACAGAAGUCCCUGUGUGGCCUUUCCUGCGGACACUCUGUGGGCCAAACCCAACAGAAUCCUCUGUGUAGGAAGCGUCGAAUUUUGUCCAUUGAAUGUGUAGCAGCUGCCAGAGAUCACACAUCAAUGCGAAUUCCAGAGCCUUCUGCUGUAGCUCAAUGACUGUGUUGUGAUUCAUGGUGCAUA